GGCAGCAGCCCCUCUCAGGCCCAUCCCAGAAGCUCCCUGUACCCAUGGGGCCCUCUCAGCUUGUCCGUGCCCCUAGGCCCCGGGGCUUGAGUUUUCCUUAUCGCAGGCCAGGUAUGGGCUGGCCCCGGCCCCGGUUUCCCAGGAUGUUCAAGUGUAGCCGUAGAAGGUACCGGCAGAAAUUUCAAGGCCCAGCUGCCACCAAUCUUACCACCAUGACCACAGAUAUCAGUGCCACUCACACUGCCACCACCAGUGUGUGGAUCUUCCCACCUCAAGUUCUCAGAUACUUCUGUCAACCGGGGGGCUUUCUGAUCCUCUAGAAAUGCCCGGAAGCUAACCCAGAAGCUGGGCUCGUUCUGGACAUAGGUCUUCAAGGAGCUGUGGGUGGUAGACAACAAAUAACAAUCGUUCCGCUCAAACUGCC